UUUCGUCAGCCAUUUUAGUGACGCUCUGUCCGCGUGUUAGCGUGGUAGUCGAUUAGUGACACUCAAACAUCACGAUGAGAAACUAUAAACGAAAAACCGAACGGGGCAAAGUUUCAAUUGAGCUUUUGCAGCGGGCUGCUGAUGCUGUUAUUAAAGACGGUCGUAAACUUAAGACGGUAGCUCGGGAAUUAGAGAUAUGUCAUAUGACAUUGUUUCGCUUCGUCAAAAAGUUGAAAGCUGGUGUAACACCCACUGUGGGUUACUAUUCUAGACAGGUGUUCAACCAAGACCAGGAGAAGACAUUGGCGGAUUAUUUAUUAAAAUGUUCAUCAAUUUACUUUGGUCUUUUGCCAGAAGAAGUAAGGAAGUUGGCAUAUAGUUGCGCUGUCAAAUUUGACAUGCCUAAUAUUCCAGUCUCUUGGCAUAGAAAUAAAGAAGCUGGAGCUGAUUGGUUCACUAGUUUUCUGAAAAGAAAUCCGUCUUUGUCCAUAAGAGCUCCGGAAGCCACAAGUGCAGGACGCGCAUCCUCUUUUAACCGGCACAAUGUUCGUGAAUUCUUUAGCAAGCUCGGAGACGUCAUAUUGAAAUAUAACUUGCUACCGUCUAGAAUUUGGAACUUGGACGAAACGGGAGUAACCACUGUAUUAAAGCCAAAGAAAAUAGUCGCUGCAAAAGGCGUUAAACAAGUGGGUGCCAUAGUGUCAGCGGAGCGAGGAACUUUAGUUACCGUUGAACUUGCAGCAAAUGCAGUGGGAAAUACUGUACCACCUAUGUUUAUUUUUCCGCGCCUUAAAUAUAAGGACUUAUUUAUUCGAGAUGGUCCCACGGAGAGUAUUGGAGCUGGAAAUAGCUCGGGAUGGAUGACAGCUAAAGAAUUCCUCAUAUUUAUGGACCAUUUUAUAAAACAUACAAAGCCCACUCCCGAAGACCCCGUAUUGUUAUUGCUUGAUAACCAUCAAUCACAUGUUGACAUUGAUGUGGUUGAAAAGGCAAAGGCCAAUUCGGUUAUAAUGUUGUCUUUCCCGCCACAUUGUACCCAUAAUUUGCAACCACUAGAUGUUGGCGUUAAUGGACCGUUUAAAACGUAUUGUGCCAAAGCGCAAGAAAACUGGCUACGUAAUAACCCAGGCAAGACAAUGUCUAUUUAUGAGAUACCUGGAAUUGUCAAACAUGCAUGGCCUUUAGCAGCUACACCAAAUAACAUUAUGAACGCAUUUAAAAAGGCAGGCAUAAGUCCAUACAAUCCUGAUAUAUUUACGGAUGAAGAUUUUGCCCCGUCGUUCGUAACUGAUCGACCAAUGCCCGACACUGCUAAUAUUUCAUUGGAAUUGGGAAAUCUGGAACCACAGUUUCAAGAAUUAGCAGACGUUAAUGAACCUCAGGUGCAUCAUGAUAUGGAAACCAUCCCAGGUAACGAGCCACAUCCAGCAAUUAUAGAAUCAGCAACCAACGAACCUCAACCAGGACCCUCGCACAUUGCUAAUUUGUCAAAUAAUGUUGUCAUUCAAGCCACAUUUAGCACAUUUUCACCUGAAGCUAUUAAACCUUUACCAAAAGCACCACCAAGAUCGUGUGUAACAACUAAGCGACGAAUAAGAAAAUCAGCAAUACUGACAGAUACGCCUGAAAAGAAUGCUUUGGCUGAAGAAAAAGCAAGAAAAGUAAAGAGCAACACUAAAAUAAAGACGAAAGUUGAAAAAAGAGUCAAAAAGAAUAAAGUAACUGGUACAAACAAGCGAAAGAAAGUGGCAAGUAAAUCCGCAAAUGGUAAAGAAAAUGUGAAAAGGAAAGUCCUGCAAGACGAUAAUCAUGGAAAUGAUAGUGAAGAAGAGACCAUGGAAUGGUAUUGUAUAAUAUGUUACAAUUUAUAUUCCAACUCACGACCAGGUGAGCAAUGGAUUGAAUGCGUCAUGUGUAAGAAUUGGGCUCAUUCAAAAUGCCUGAAAUCUGAAGAUGUUCAUUCUUAUGUUUGUCAAAAUUGUAAUUCUGACGACGACUCUGAUUAAUUUUUUUUAAGUUCUUCUAAAGA